UCUCUCUGCACAUAAACUCUGCAACAAGCAGCAGAAAAUUCUGACCAGAUUUAUCUCUGUCCUCUCCCUACUGUCCACGUCGGCUCCUCCCUCACAAGCUAAAUGGCACUCCCUAACCCAACCGCCCCUCGCAUUCACCGCAUUUACAACUCUGCCACUGGCCGCUCCUUCUCUAUCUUCCCCUGCCUACUGCUCCUCCUCCACGGAGCUCAACCACCAAGACCUCCUCUGUUUUUAGGGUUUAGGGUUUUAUUCUACUUCGAUUUUUACGCUUGCCCGUUUGAAAAAUUUCCCCAAUUUCGAAGCGGGCUCGGAUUAAUCUCUAUUUCGGAGAUGUGUGGUGUUGAGCUGGAUGGUGGCGGUUUGGGCUAAUGGGAAUGGGAUUGCAGGUUUUGGUGGAAGGGGGUAAUCAGCAGUGAGGUUUUGAUGCUUUUUCUUGGAAAUGGUGGAAAUGGCUUUCUGGGUUUUUGAUAUUGGAGUCCAGCGGUCGGGAAUGCAUAGCUUCUUUUGGGGUUCUGAAAUUUGGAUUUAGAGGGUGAAUUCUGAGUAUUCUGUUUGAUUGGUUGUUUUUUUACCGGGAAAAUGAUGGAUGGGCGGCGACAUUCUGUUGAUAUUCCUAUCUCGAAAACUCUCGUGCAACUGAGGAGGGUGAGGUCUCUAAGGGAUCCUGAUACUAAUUCUAUGAGCAAGUUCUCUGCUUUGGUUGAGAAUGUGAACUGGGAAGCGAAUUCGAGUAACGACAUUUCUGUGCGGUUCAUGAAUAGUUUCCAAGAAGCUGGCUCUGGCAAACAUCAUUCUUUUAGAUCAAAGAAUCCAGGUCUGUAUGGACAAGGAGGAGAUUGCAUAGAUGAUUUUGAAUUAGAUCGUGGUUUAGGAAAAUCUAGGUUGAUCUUGCAUGAGAAUUCCGAGUGGAUUGGAAGCACAGGGAGUCGUCCAAUUAGGAGCAAACAAGCUGAAGAAUUUGAUUUUUCAGUAUCAGAUAAGGAAGAUGUUUAUGGAAAUAAAUCACUCAGCGAUAGGUACUGCGGCAGUCAAAUGGAUAAAGGAUUGGCCUUGACAGGCGUCAAUCGUUUGGAGGAUGGGGAUUAUGAAGCAUCUGUUAGGUCAUCAAAUUUAGAAAGAUUAGAUCAGAUUGCAUCAAAGAGACAAUCACAACGCAAAAAUAAUGUAAAUUCGUCCAGGAAAGUUGGUAAUUUUAGUCAAGUUUGCAGUCCGUGCCGCUCAGCAAGUGAUGCUCUUUCAAGCCAUAGUGCAUCUUUAUUUGUAAAUGAAGAGGCUGAUGCUGUGGAUCACAAUCGUCCUAGUUGCGAGGUCAGCUGCUGCUGGUCAAGAACCCCUCGAUUCAGAGAAGCUAAUUUUCCUUUCAAUGUAGAUGAAUACCCUCUGCUAUACAAGAACGUAGAUGAGAGUGCGUUUUAUGACCAGAGGAGCUCAAAACACAUUCGUAAUGAAAUGAGUCCACGAUCAGAAAACCCUAGGAGUCUGAGUCAGAAAUUCAGGCCAAAAUCUUUUAAUGAAUUAGUGGGACAAAAUGUAGUAGCAAUGUCUCUUAUGGGAGCUAUCGCUAGAGGGAGAAUAACAUCAUUCUAUCUAUUCCAUGGCCCUCGUGGUACAGGAAAGACAUCUGCCUCAAGGAUUUUUGCUGCAGCACUAAAUUGCCUUUCACAUGAGGAGCAUAGGCCAUGUGGUCUCUGCUGUGAAUGUGUUUUGUAUUUUUCUGGAAGGAGCAGGGACAUCAAGGAAGUUGAUUCUGUGAGAAUCAAUCGGAGAGACAGGGUUAGAUCCCUUAUUAAGAAUGCAGCUAUUCCUCCACUUUCGUCACGGUUUAAGGUUUUCAUUAUUGAUGAGUGCCACCUGAUGCGCGGGGAAACUUGGGCAACUGUUUUGAAUAGCAUAGAUAACCUUUCUCAACAUGUUGUCUUCGUGAUGCUCACUCCUGAUGUCGAUGAGCUUCCCCGAAGUGCAGUGUCACGGUCUCAAAGGUUUCACUUUCCAAGGAUUAAGGACGCUGAUAUUGCAAGCAGAUUGGGGAGAAUCUGUGUUGAAGAGGGUCUUGAAUUUGAUCAGGGUGCUGUAGACUUCAUUGCUGCCAAGUCAAACGGUUCACUUAGGGAUGCAGAGAUGAUGCUUGAUCAGCUAAGUUUGCUUGGUAAAAAAGUCACAAUGGGCCUGGCAUACGAGCUUAUUGGAGUUGUCUCGGAUGAUGAAUUACUCGGUUUGCUAGAUCUGGCAUUGUCAUCUGACACUUCUAAUACAGUAAUAAGGGCCAGGGAGUUGAUGAGAUCUCGGAUUGAUCCCAUGCAACUUAUAUCACAGUUGGCAAAUCUUGUUAUGGACAUUCUUGCUGGUAAAUGUCAGGACAGUGCUUCUGAAGUCCGAAAAAAGUUCGGCAGUAGACACACGUCUGAAACGGACUUGCAGAAACUGAGCUAUGGAUUGAGAAUAUUAUCUGAAACUGAGAAGCAAUUAAGGGUUUCCAAAAAUCAAGCGACAUGGCUUACUGCAGCUCUGCUGCAGCUAAGCUCCGUGGAGUCUUCGUCCUUGGAUGGAAAUGGUACAAAAUUGUGUUUGAGAAGUACACAAGAGAGAGCGACAGCAGAGAGCUUCAAGAAUCGUGCCACUUGUUCAUGCAAUUUAGAGACACCAGACAAGUUGGGCAUGCAGAAGGAUAGUGAUGGAAAGUUGGAAGCCAUAUGGAAGAGAACUACAGAUUUAUGCCGAUCCAAUUCACUCAAGAAUUUUCUUAAGAAACAGGGAAAAUUGUCUUCCUUGCUUGUUGGUCAAGGUUUAGCAAUAGCUGAAUUGGAAUUCUGCCAUCCCGAUUUUGUAUCUAAGGCUGAGAAGUCAUGGAAGGUCAUUGCAAAUUCACUUCAAUCUAUAUGUGGUUGCAAUGUGGAGAUCAGGAUCAAUCUUGUACCUUGUGCUUCUGAUUCCAAGUGUGCGAAAGUGAAGAAGUCAUCUUUUACGUUGUUCAGCUGUUCCCGCAGAAUGCAGCAGAAAUCACAAUCAUCUACAGAACAUGGAACUGAGUCAGACUAUUCUGAGCACACUUCUGAAAAGCCUAUGUUAAGUGACAGACCUACUUUACCUUGCUCGUCUGAGUGUUCUUAUCAAGUGCCACAUAACUGCUGUGACAAAAUGGUGGUGGUAAGUACUUUGAGAAAUAGCGAAGGAAAUAUUCUCAGCACAAGGACUGCCUCAUCCCGCAGAUCAUUUGAAGACAACGCAUCAGAGGCACCUGGAUUAGUGGUUGAUUCUUCGAAGGACGAUGGAAGCAAUCAUGAAUGCCAUGCUUUAUCUUUUGUAGAACCUGAACAUCAACCAAACUGUUUUCCUAGAACCUUGAGGCUUCAAAAGAAGUUCCGUUCAUCAGAUGCUUCUCAGACAACCUGUUGCACCAAACGACAAAACACGAUUGCAUUAUCUAGCCCAAGCAAGACAUCUUUUGGCACAUGUCUCGUGGGAAAUGAUUCAUAUGUUUUCUGCAGUGGCGCUUGUAACAACAGUGGCAGCUGUAUAGAUGAGAAUGCAUUGAAGGAGAACUCAGGCGUGCUUUGUUGGAGAACCCCAACGCUUCACUUGGGAAAGGCUUGGCAGUUGAGACAUAAUCGACAAAACUCGAACCUAGGGUGUUGGGUUCUUCCCUGUGCAACUGCUAAGUAGUUCUACAAAGGAGUAGCACCGGGCGAAAAUAGCCGUAAAUUAUGAUGGCGGCAGAUACAUAGGCGUAUUUCUUAUCGUGGGUCUAUAUUUUGCAAUCUGCUUAUUGAUGUUAUUGAUAUUUUCAGGACCCAGAUUCAGGAUUUAUAUAUAGUAUAUAGCAAGAACUGAUUUUUUCUCCGA